UAUCAAAGAUUACGCCAAGAAUUUCACAAACAAUGGCGGCCAAGCUAGGUCGUUUACAAUCACGAGCUAAGAUAUCGAGUUUAGUGUCUAUAAAAAAAAUAACUGGAAGCGAGAAAUUUCCCGGAAAACGUCACGCAAAAUCUCAUAUCUCACAUCUUGAUGACAAAACAGUACGGAUUCUAGCAAGAUACUAUACAAAGGUUUAUGGAUUUACCUUUUACGCAGCAUGUGAUCCUAAACAAGAUCAAAAUGCAAUCCGUGUGAGUAAUAUGGUGGAACGUUUUGCUGCAAUUCAAUUGGGAGACGAAAUCUUUGGCUCACGAGUUUCACGCUCCGACCUGAGAAAAGUUCCUGAAGUGCUUGAAAAUCCUGUUUAUAAAGAGAAAGAAACCAAUGACCCUGCAAAACUUACGGCGAAACAAGUAGAGUUAGAGGAUAGAGUUAGAACUUUGGUGAAUCAAUUAGCAAUUCGUGAAGUUAUGACUUCUUCUAGUACAAGUAAAGAAAAGGAUACCAGUUUUCACAAGUUUUGGAACGAGGUAGUUGAAAAAGAUGGACCUAUCGAGCCAAAUACUCCUCAUGAUCAAAUUCGUAAAGAACCAUAUAUUCUGCCGAAAGAAUUCGAAUGGUCCACAAUGGAACUGAAUAGCCAGGAGAAGUAG